AUGGAGACGGCUGCGUUCGACGCACUCGAGUACUCGCAGCAGUCGCAGCUCACGCAGACCCAGCAGACCCAGCCGCUCUCUCAGCCGACCACCCGCUUCCCGCCCAACCUCUGGGGAAUCCUCGUCUCGGUCGGGAGGAGCUCGAGCGAGUCCUUUGCGCUCGCACAGCACGCGCACGACCAGUCAACAACCGUCCGAGGCGACACAACCACCUCUGCCCCUCCUCCUGGUCUCUCAACGGCCGUCCACACGGCCCUCCCUCGACCGGAGCGACUCGAGUUCUCGCGGACGAAACGGGAGUACACGGUUGGGCGGCAUCCACGGUGCGACUUGGUCCUGAACGGGCCAAAGAUCUCGAGCAAGCAUGCCCGGAUCUGGCUCGACAACGAGACGGGCAUCGUCAGGCUCGAGGACACGAGCACGAACGGGACCUUCGUGCGCAACAUGAAGGUUGGCAAGGGCAACAUCACUGUCCUCGAGCCAGGCGACCUGAUCGUCUUCGGUCCCGCCUCGGCCAACUUUGACGACGACUUCCGCUACGUCUUCCAGUGUGACCCCAGCCUGAACCCCUCCUCGUCCUCUGCCGCCGACCCGUACGGCCUCGGCGAGCUCUCGCAGUCGCAAAACGCCGAGGGACGGUCAAUCCACCAGUACUACGAGGUGCGGGAACAGCUGGGCAAAGGCAGCUUCGCGACGGUCCGCAAGGGCGUGCGGAGAGCGGACGGCGUCGUCGUGGCGAUCAAAAUCAUCCAGCGGGCGAGGUUCGCGAGUAAUCCCAAGUCGGUCGAGAUGAUUGAGCGGGAGAUCGCUAUUAUGAUGCAGCUCGAGCAUCGGUUCUGCGUCAAGUGCUUUGACUUCUUCGAGGAUGACCAGCGGAUCUGGAUUGUCUUGGAGUACGUCGACGGAGGCGACUUGCUGGACUACGUGAUGAAGCGGCGAGGACUGAAGGAGAACGAGACCCGCGAGAUCGCACUCAUGAUCUGCGAAGCCGUCGCCUACCUCCACUCGCAAGGUGUCACGCACCGCGACCUCAAGCCGGAGAACUUGUUGCUCACGAAGGCGGCGCAUCCGGUCUGCAAGGUUACCGACUUUGGCUUGGCGAAGAUGGUGGACGAUCAGACAAUGUUGCGGACGAUGUGCGGAACGCCAACUUACCUCGCGCCCGAGGUCAUUCUCCACCCCGAGGCGGUCCGAGGCUACGGCUCGCUCGUCGACGCCUGGUCAAUCGGCGUUGUUCUCUACUCCUGCCUAACGAACCAGAUCCCAUUCGACGAGUCCGAGUCGACACCGCUGCCUCAACGGAUGGCGCAGCGGACAGUCAAUCUCGGCAUCUUGCGCGGCUUUGGCGUCAGCGAGAUAGGGUGCGAUUUUAUCGGCAAGCUGCUCAAGGCGGACCCGCGCGAACGGAUGAGCUGCGCGCAAGCCCUGCGGCACCCUUGGCUCGCGACGAAAUCUGAUUCGGUCGCUUCCCUACCCUUCGGCGCCUCUUCCCUCGAUGCCAUCCCGAACAUGUCUGCCGCGCAUCGAUCACGAGCAGAUUCGCUCGAGGGUCAGGAAGCGGACGCCGAGAUGAGCGCGGCGAGUUUGACGAGUCCAGCUGCGAUGCGGACGACGGAAGGAACGGACGACAGCAUGGUCGAUUCGCAAGGAUUCGGCAAACUUGCGCUCGAUGGCCCGCCUCACUCGCCUCACCCUCUCUCCAACCUUCCGAACGGCCUCGACCACGCCCUAGCACCUCCCUUCUCAAGCGGCACGAAGCGGAAAGAGCCCAUGUCUGCGUUCAGCGAUUCGUCCGCCUCGGCCAUGAGCUCAGUCCAGGCCAGUCCGAUCAUGGUUCGCGCAGUACCGCCUGGACCGCUCGCGAACGGCUCGAUGCCGCCUCCUCCGGUGCGGAAGCGGCCUGCAGCGGAUAUGCAAAACGGCGCGAUGGAAGUGGAGGAGCCUGCACUCGUCGAGACCAGCGAAGAGGUGGAGCCGAGCACGACGGAGGAGGGCGACUUGGACUUGCUGCCCAUCAAGCCGGUCGAAGUCAAGGCGUCGAAGGUCCCCGAUGUACCGGCGCCCGCAAAGACGCUCGAGGAGAACGUUGUCGACGAGGAGACGAAGGAAGAGCCGGAGGAUGCGCCGCCAACUCCCGCACGACGGGGCAAGGGCGGACGCAAGGCGGCGCCGACUUCUGCGCGAGGGCGAGGGCGCGUACGGGGCCGAGCGUCGGUGGCUUCGACUGUCAAGGAUGACGAGGAGGUCGACGGUGAGCAGGAGCAAGAGGACGAGCCAGAGCCGGCGCCGAAGAAGCAGAAGACGCGGGGCUCGUCGGCAUUUGUCACCGGGGCGGCAGCAGAGGUCAGCGGCAUUGCGGCGACGGUCAAGAACAGGCGACGCAAGGUUGCGCGGUACACCUGA